AUGAAAGUCACUCAAUCCCAUCCCUUAUUAGAAGACUACUUUGAUUUAGAAGCACAACUUUUACAAGAACACAAACACAAAAAUGCAAGAACCAUAUUAAAAUGUUUUUAUGGUAGUUUGUUAAAUGCACAAGAAUUAAUAAAUAUAAAAAAUGCUGUUGGUCAAUUGAUAUCUAUAAAUGAGUUUUUUUUUGCAACAAAAACCAUAAACGGUGCAUUAGACUCUAUUCCAAAUAAUAAAAAUCAUUUAGAAAAAUAUGUAUUAGAAAUUAAAUUAUAUCCUCGUUUAAAAACAGUUAUUUUUGCAUUUACUGACGAUGAAAUAUUAUUUGGUAUUGGAGGUGUAUUCAAAGUUGAACAUUUUGAAUAUAAUCAAGAAAUAAAAGCAUGGAAUAUUCAAUUAGCAGCAACAGAUAGCCUAGCUACGACUGUAAAAGACUAUUUAUACUAUACACGACAAGAAAUGGAAGAUUAUAGUUCAACAAUUAUAUUUGGACGUCUAUUACUAAAUGAACUUAAUGAAUUUAAUAAGGGUAAAAAUUUUUUCAGUUUAUUAAAGAGAACAUUACCAGAUAUUCACGAGGAUAUUCCAGCUGUUUGGAAUAAUAUAGCAAUUAUCGAAGAAAGAAAUGAAAAUUUUGAUUUAGCUUUACAACAUUAUAAACAAACUUAUGAUUUAAGACGAAAUCGUUUACUACCCAAUCAUCCACUUAUCGCUCAUUCAUUGCAUAAUAUCGGUAUUAUUUAUUAUAAAAUACAUGAAUAUGAACAAGCUUUAGUUUCUUAUAUGAAAGCUCUUGAGAUUUACCGGUUAAAUUAUCCCAAUGAUCAUGUUGAUAAGAAAUAA